AUGCAGCAGCGGGUGUAUUGGGGUUCAAGUGAAGGAAUGGGCGAGAUUGAGCAAGCAGCAGCAGAUGACAUUGAUGCAGUCGUUGAUCCAAGCCUCCGGGAUACUAUGUACUCCAUGUCAGCCAUGAAUGGGAGCUUCUCAACUGGCACUGCCCCUUUGCAAUGCUCAGCUGCAACAUCGCUAUCCACCUCACGAGUUCCUAGCACUGGUUUUGUGGACAAACUAGUGAACCUCGAUAUGAUUGUUGCGCAGCUUGCUGAUAAAUUCGAUCACUUGGCACUGCAGAGUAGAGACUCAGUUGAAUUCAAGCUACAAAUUGAAGAACUCACCCAGGAGAAUCAUACACUACGAGCAACUGUUGAAGAUCACCAUGCUGCGAUACAUGAGCUUCAAACAACCAUUGAUGCACAGAGCACAUCCCUGGAGGAACUACUUGUGUUGAUAGACGAACCUAGGUCUUCAGGAAAUGCACUGCCAACAGUCAGGUCUGUCAACAAAGCAACCAAAGCGAUGUGUGACAACGUGUUUAAUAAUGUGAUCUGGCACACAUUCUUACAUGCAAUGGGUAUUUCUGAUUCCAAACAAGUGAUGUUGUUGGGUGUCCUCGAUGAUGGUUUGUUCUGGUUCAAGUGCCCAACACAUGACACCAAUCUUCUAUGA